UGCGCAGUGUGCAAUCUGUGGUACGGGUGACAUUUUCUAAUUCUGUUGUGUUGUGUUUUGUGUGUGGAUUUUGUGUUUUUAUGAGAUGGCGUAAAUCCCAACAAAAAUGGCCGCCGUCGCUCCAAUUCCCGGUCAAAUAAACCCGGAGAACAGCGAUGAUGAACCCGCGCCCGACGACGAGAGACAAGUGACGCCGUUCAGCAUUCACGACGUGCUCAAAAAGGAAAGAGAAACCAGUCCAGAAAAUGUCUUCGCCACGGAUAAACUUCUACAAAGCACUCCCAAUUUCGAAGACGCCUCAAACCCUGAAAGCCCACGAUUGGACGACACAGAGAUAAGUGUUGAUGACAAUUCGUGUAGCAGCAAUGACACAGUGCUAUCUGUUGGUAACGAGAAUCCUGUAAAUGAUGAACUGUCCUUCAAACAUAUUCAAACCCACCUAAACGCCAUAUCGCAAUUGAGUCACUUUAACACGCCAUUGCUCCUACGACCUAAUCCCAUACCGAUGUUCUUGAACCAGUCAUUCUAUCCCCAAGUCAAAUACCAACAGAACGAAGAGAGAAGAGAGGAUACGUACAGAAGGGAACAGAAGGAGGAGAGGGAUUUUAAUCCAAAUCUGAAGUUUAGUAUUGAUAAUAUAUUGAAAGCUGAUUUUGGUAGACGUAUAACUGAUCCGCUGAAGAUUAGGAAAAAGAGGUUCGAUGGGAAAAAGGAGUUUAAGGAGAUCAGUCAGGUUAGACAGGAGGUCAGGCAGGAGGUGAGACAGGAGGUCAGAACUGAUGUAAAAGAAAAAGGGGCGAUAGAUUUGUCUAAAGCAGAUGACAGUCCGGCGUCCAGUGGAGGGACAUCGAACAGUGAAGGCCCUAUGGUGUGGCCCGCCUGGGUGUACUGUACCCGAUAUAGUGACAGACCCAGUUCUGGUCGAAGCCCUCGGACGAGAAAGCCGAAGAAGCCGCCUGGAGAUACCAAUAAUGAUGAAAAGAGACCCAGGACAGCCUUCUCUGGUCCUCAGUUAGCUAGAUUAAAGCAUGAGUUUGCUGAAAACCGGUACCUGACUGAGCGUCGACGCCAGGCACUGGCAGCAGAACUGGGGCUAGCAGAGGCUCAAAUCAAGAUCUGGUUCCAGAAUAAACGAGCCAAAAUCAAGAAGGCUUCGGGACAUCGGAACCCACUGGCUCUGCAGCUCAUGGCGCAAGGGCUGUACAACCACAGCACGAUACCGUUGACGAAAGAGGAAGAGGAACUGGAAAUGAAGGCAAGAGAAAGAGAGCAGGCUCGACAGUGAAGAGAAGUGUUUUGUGAAUUAUUUCAUGAAAGGACAUUAAUUAGUUGUACUCCUGUAGUCAGAUGUUAUGUAAUAUGUUCCUCAACUUUGUAAUAUCGGUACAAAAUCUUGGAAUCUAGCUGAUUUCAGUUUAAAGUCUACUAAAUGUAGCUUCGAAAUGCCUGUUGAUGUAAAAGCAUGUGUUAGGCUAUGAAUUAAUGAUCGACUCUGAUUAAGUAUUAAGUCAAGUAUUCUAGAAUAAAUUCAAUGUAAUACACUUAUUGGCUUUUAAAUGUGAAUAUGCAUUGAUCUAUCUCUUAAUAUAAUGUAAGAGAUAGAUAAUAGAGAGAUUUCUUUGAUUGUGAUUGGUGACGUGUUGAGCCAUGACCGCUACCACCUCCUUCAAUUGACGGCGUGUAAUGGCGUGUCGGUAGAAGAAACAUGACUUCGUAUUAGACUAGGAAGAGAUACUGCAUCUUACAGGAGACACGCUGUAAAAAAUAUGCCCUUAAAUUUUGAAAGUCUGCACUUUUCGGUAUAAAACACUUGCUCCUAAAAUCAGUACUAUUCAGGACCGCCUUUUAAGUAUCUAGAAAUUAGCAAUCGCUAUCUGUGAGAGAAUAACGAUUGGUGAAAAUACUUCAGCUGAAAGCCGAUUGGCAUAAGGUUGCAUCGGACAGGGGGCUUUGGGAGUUUCUAGUUUCGGAGGCUUUUGGUUCGCAGAGCCAACGGAAUGUGUAUUAAACUAGAGAUCGACCAAUCACAAGCAAACAAAAUCGCAACGUCUUACGCUCUACUUGUAAAUUAGAUACGUUUAGUUUGAAGCUAAAAUAUUUAUGUCAUCGUCUUAGUAUGGAAGUAUUUGGAGCUGCUGACUCUUCUGAAAAUACUUGCUCCACUCGCCACUUUUCUGUCGAGAGUGUGAGUGUUAUAUGUGUCAAAAUCGGAGGAAACAGCUUCCGUCCACACAUUACCACAAUCAGUAUGAUUUCGAGUAAGUUUCAUAUCCAAAAACUAACCUUGCCCAAAUUUGACAUGAUUGGACGGGAAGCCUGUGUUAAUCUGACCUCAGACCAACAGAAUAAAGUUCAGUCACUGGUUUGUCUGGUGGAGGAUCCUCCCUUUAGGUCGAAAGACUUUCCUACGCAAACGUAAUUUCUUUCGUUUACAGACGACGAUAUCGCUCUCUUCUACAAAGCGCUCGUAUAGAAUCAAUCCAAUCCGACUCCAUACACCAUAUUCAAAAAGUGUUAAAUUUGAUUAUCUAUAUAUUUAUACCCAAUUAUAAGAAAAUCUUUACGAAGAGAUUUAUAAAACAGUAGUAGAUUUUAGAUUUCUUGCGAUGUCUUACUGCGUCAAAGGCCUUAGUAAAUUCCAUUAAAUUUUGAAUGUUAGCAAUACUACUUUUAUAGUAUGAUACAUCUAUAUAUCUAUGCAAGUAAGAGAAUAUAAGAGAGCCUAGUUAAUACAGUAAUGUUGUGAAUUUGGUAUUACGAGCGCGAUUUUCAAACCCACUGGAAUUGUAUUAAUAUGUAAAUAUGUUAAGUUAUUUAUUGUGCAAUUUAGUAUUAGAUAUGUUUCGGAUGUAUUAUGAUUUGUUGUACAAAUAUAGGAUAGGUUGAAUAAUAUAGCCGAAGAAGUGUAGCGAUUUCUUGAUCCUAAAUAAACGAAAUUGCAGACUGGAA